GGUGCUGCGUCUGCUCUCGCGCAGCGACGUCACAUCCGCUACUCCUGUUGACAACAGGACGCUUCCGGUCGUGUAAUGCACCGUCGUGUUCUCAUGAAAUAUUUGAUUAUAUAUAAAUAUUUGUUUUUGUGCAUUUAUAAGUUAAAUUAUUCGGAAAACACUCUAAGUAAGUCCCGCCUGCAGCGCGUGCUCGGUGAGGCGCUGAUGAAUUGACUGACGCGUGUGAAUUAUAAUCAGUUCAGAUAUUGAUGAAGUAGUGUAUUGAUCAGAGAAGAUGAUGAAGAGAGCGGCGCGACACGCGCGGAGGGGCAGAGCGGGCAAGCGAGCCUGUAACCGAGCGAGGACGGACGAGCACACGGCGGCGGACACCGGCCGAAUGAGCACUGGAUUCUGUCGACUCUGUCAUGGGAAGUUUUCCACGCGGCGGCUGCGGCAGGCGUUUGCGCAGCUGCAAGGCGAGUCCUGCGCCGUGUACCCACUCUUCUGCACAGACUUCCAGCAGCUCUUAGGAAUCCCCAUGAACAGAGACCCCAGUCUGUCCCAAUUCAUCUGCAACAACUGCCAUGCUCAGUUCUACAAGUGCCACAGCAUCCUGCUGGACUUCAGGAACCGAGUCAACCUGACGCCCGUCUCCAGAGACAGGAACAGCACUGAAUGCUCGUCGUCACAGGAAGACAUCACUUUAUUCCGGUCACACAUCACAUCAGACAGACGGUGUCUGCACGGUCUGGUGUCAUGGGCUCACAGUCACGCGGAGGACUGCCAUUCCUGCCCUGACCUGCAGGAGGUGCUGGAGGGCCAGUGUCGAGGGGCCCUGAAGGUGGUGUGGAGAUGUGUGGACGGUCACACUUAUGUGAUGGACACCAACGGCGCUCAGGCCAGAUCAAACGCUGGACCGGAAACCACUAAAACUCAAUGUGAUGACAGAGAGAAAGCAAACAAAGAGGACCACCAAUCAGCAUCGAGAACUAACAGCAUCCACACGGCGAGAUCAGGUGAAGCUGCUGCACCUCAGAAUCACAGCAGUGAUGCAGACCGAACACAAGACAUGCAUACCUGUGAGGAGACCGCCACUUCAGUAGCACCACUGCUGAUGGACGGAGAAGAUGUGGACAGCGAUCUCUCAGACAAAAAUGUGUUGAGUGAUGAAGAGUGUGAGGACAGGAGGAAGAGUGGUUCAUCUGAAGACAGCUCAGAUCUGAACACUGACAAGCGUUGUUCAAAGAGAAAAGAGACCAAGACACUGGAACCCAAAGCCAGGAGGAAACCUGGACCCAAGCCUGGCUGGAAGAACAACAUCAAGGCAGAGCGAGAGGAGCUGCCCACCAUCUACAAGUGUCCUCACCAGGGCUGUACAGCGGUCUACAGAGGAGCCGACGGCAUGAAGAAACACAUCAAGGAGCAUCACGAGGAGGUGCGGGAGAGACCGUGUCCACAUCCAGGCUGCAACAAGGUCUUCAUGAUCGACAGAUACCUGCAGAGACACGUCAAACUCAUCCACACAGAGGUGAGGAACUACAUCUGUGACGAGUGUGGCCAGACGUUCAAGCAGAGGAAGCAUCUGUCAGUGCAUCAGAUGCGUCACUCCGGAGCCAAGCCGCUGCAGUGUGAGGUGUGCGGCUUCCAGUGCCGUCAGCGGGCCUCGCUCAAGUAUCACAUGACCAAGCACAAGGCGGAGGCGGACCUGGAGUUUGCUUGUGUGAUCUGUGGCAAACGCUUCGAGAAGGCACACAAUCUGAACGUGCACAUGUCUAUGGUGCAUCCUCUCCUGCAGGGCGGCAGCGGUUCAGUUCCUCCAGACGCGUCCGCCAGCAGCCCCCCGGCAGCUCAACACGACAUCAGCUGUGUGCUGGACAGUCUUCAGCCCAAACUCACUGACCGCACCGUAUAGACCCGCGUCUGACGCUGCUCUGAGGAGACAGACACGUACAGGAAGUGCAGUCUCACUGAGAAACGUUUCUGUCUCUCUUCCUAAGGCUAGUGAGGGGCUUUUCUAAGGAUCUGAGUUUGAAACACAGGUCACAGACUGCUACGGCCAGAGUAAUAUUUCAUCCUCACAAGCUGCAUGAAAAAGGGGAAGUUACAGAGAGCCCUGAAAGGCUGAAAUCUGAAAGUGUGACAUCUGUAGUGAGCAGCCAAUCACAGCAAACACACAGAGCAACACUCUCACGAGAGAGAGAUAGAGAGGCAUCAGUUUAAACGUUUAGCAGGAUGGGGAAAACACUGCUAGCAGAAGAAAACAUCUGACUAUAUAAAGCACUGAAGCAUUUCUAGUUCUCCGAGCACUUGAGAAGAAAACACACAGCCAUUUUACAAGCUUUUAUAUAUUCUAAAGUUUUUAUUCAUAUCUAAAAGUUGAAAGUUAGAAAGAUUUCCUUGUUUAACACAAUAAAGAUAUAAAAUUCAUAAAAGAAGUAGUAAUUAUUAGCGGUGUGAUUAUCUGCAGUCAUUUGGAGCAGGAACCAGGGUCUCCUAGGGUCCGUAAGGUCUAGUUUAGUGAUCACAGUUAAGGCCAUUAAAAGUCUUCAGGGGUAAGAGAAGGUCUUAUAUUUGGGGACUAAAGAAAGAGCAGAACUGUGAUACGGCUGACUGAAGAAACAUGAGUGCUGCGGUCCCCGGGACGUCCCGAAAGCUCCUCCUUCACCAGAAAAUCAGCCUGUUUUUACACUGCAGAGGAAUGUGAACCGCUGGAUCCACAAGAUGAUUACAGAUCCAUUAUAAAAACCUAAACAACUAAGAGCGUAAAAUGUGUUAUCUAAUAUAAUUGAUUGAUAUGUUUAAUAGUUUUGACUUAAAAAUGGUUUAAAGGGUGAAAUGUGAAGUGAAUCAUUUUCUCAGUCUCUGUGGAAGCCUGUAUCUGAACUGAUAAUGGGUCUGACGGUGUAAGCGUAGACGUGUCCCGCUCAUCCUGCAGAUGAUGGGUCUGCUCUAGAGUCAUGACACACUCGGACAGAGGUGUUGCUUCAUGCUUUAUUCUCCUGCUCAGAGCCUGUGUUAAUCAUGUGACUGAUCCCGUGCUGACGAUGUCAUGUGAAGCUGCCGAGCGCCGCCGAGAUCUCUGGAUCCAGCUGCUCAUAUUCAGACCGCAGCUACAGGAAACACAUCACAGACACACACUCACUGGCAGCUAACAGCACAAACACUUCUGUUCUCAUCAAACUAUGUCUGUGUUUGGAUCUGUACAUAAUAAAUACAUCUAGUUUUGCGUGUUCAAAGCUC